AACAAGUGCAGUCUCCGGACCAUGUCUUUAUCUUCAAUCAAUUGCCAAAACCUCAUUGAUAUGCACAACUCAAACACAGAGAAAGAGAGUGGUCGGUUACUUUGAGAAUUAUCAUCUCUGAACAUGGCUGGGGUCGGACCAUCAGAUAGUGAUAUUCAGAAGAGUGAAAACAAUGAUCCCAUGAACAAUACGGGGAAUGAGAUCUUUGACCAUGAUAUGGAUGAUACUAGUAACGCCAGGGUUGAUCAUGAACUCGAACCUCUAAAUGUUGUGGAAGAGUCUACACAUGCAGGUGAUAAGAUGGAGAAUGACAACAAUCUAGGGUUUGAGCCUGAUCUGAAUCCAAAGCCCCAAUUACAGAUUAAUGGCGGUUCACAAAACAAUGAAAAUGCUGGUUCCCCUCCAUUAUCUCCAAGAACUCCUCAGUCUCCUCCCUGCAAUGAUUGCUCAUCACCUGACAAUUACCUCUCAGAUUGUGGUUCAUCCUCAAGUGUUGGAAGCAAUUUUCAGCGAGCAAGUGACCUUCUUAUGGCAGUCUCAGUGUCAGCUGAUGUAUACAAGAUGAAAAUCACUAAGCUUGUUGUUGCAGCCAUGGAAGAGUUAACAAAAAUGGCCCUUAAGGGAGAACCUUUAUGGCAACUCCAAAAAAAUGGAAAAACUGAACUUCUAAAUGACGUUGAAUACAUGCGGCAAUUUGGGCAUGUUGAUGCCACAUUGAAGGAGAUAAUGAAAAUGGUUGAGGUGAGAGAACCUCCUCAAUGGAUGCCAAGCUUAGACAAUACUUCUGAGUGCUCGUUUGAAAGUGGAUACAAGCCAAUUUCAUGUAACGUACAUGAAUCAGAACCCCUUCGUAUUGAAGCUUCACGUGAAACCAGUCACGUUAGAAUGAUUCCAAUCGGUCUUGUUGAAAUGCUUAUGGAUUUGAAGCAGUGGUCAUUGGUAUUUUCCAAUAUUGUUUCAAAAGCAAUGAUACUAGGAAUCUUGUCAUCAACUGGAAAGGAAGGAAACUAUGAUGGAACUUUGCAAGUGAUGACAGCAGAAUUUCAUAUCCCUUCACCACUUGUUCCAGUUAGAGAGAGUUAUUUUGCAAGAUACUGCAAACAGGUAGCCCCCGGGACCUGGGGAAUCGUUGAUAUAUCUUUAGAAAAAUUAUUCUCGUAUCCGUCAGUUACCUUUCGGAGAAGACCAUCAGGCUGCUUAAUUCAAGAAAUGCCAAAUGGGUACUCUAAGGUUAUAUGGGUUGAGCAUGUGGAAGUGGACGAUGGAUCAGUGCACAAGCUUUUUCAGCCACUAGUGGCAUCUGGUUUUGCAUUUGGUGCAAAGCGUUGGGUUAACAGCAUAGUUCAACAAUGUGUAAGGCUUGCAACUUUAAUGGCUAGAAGCACCUCCACCGAUACUGGAGUACUAAUACCACAAUAUGGAAGAACAGGGCUGCUGAAGCUCUCUGAAAGAAUGAUGAGAACCUUUUGUAUUGAUGUUUGUGCUUCUGCAUCAAACUUAUGGAUGCCUAUACCUAGAUAUGGGGCUGAAGAUAUGAGGAUCAUGACCAAAUAUAGCAAAUAUGAACCUGGAAUACCUCCUGGUCCAUCAGUAGUUUUUGCUACUUCUGUACAGAUUCCAGCCUCGCAAAAAAGAAUAUGUAAUUUCCUCCAACAUGCUAAUUCUCGAAACAAGUGGGAUAUCCUUUCGUACGGAUACAGAAUCAAAGAACUUGCAUACAUUAUUAAUGGCGAGGAUCCAGGAAACCGCAUUUCUAUAAUCCAAGUGAUUGAUACGCCAGUUCUGUAUUUGCAAGAGAGUUACAGUGACACAACAGGCUCCUAUGUAGUUUACGCACCAAUGGAUGCUUACGCCAUGUCCAUUGUGUUAAAUGGCGGAGACCCAGAUACUGUGGUUAUCUUGCCCUCAGGGUUUGCUAUCCUCCCUGAUAAGCCAACACCAGAGGGAGAAGAAAAUAGUGCAAGUCUUUUGACACUUGGAUUCCACAUAAUUGAUGGUGCAUCAACCAAGAACUUCAUCCCUUCUGAAUCAAUAGAUAUGAUGCAUCAAAUCCUCGCCGAAACUUCCUUCUCGAUUAUGACUGCUAUGAUAUCACCAAAACAUUAAGCUGUAAGAAAGAAAAGCGGGGAGUGGAGCAAAGGGUAACAAAAUAUAUGUAGAAGACUUUAGUUAUAAUGCAUCUUGCACACCUCCCUUAUGAAAGUAGAGGAAGUAUAAUGAAGAGCUCGUUGUUGUAACAAAAUAUAUGUAGAAGACUUUAGUUAUAUUUAUCAUUGUUGUUUGUAAGUUGUAACUUUGUAUCUUGCUGUGUUCAGCACUAUAGACAUUGCUGUAUAACUUAAAGCUGUUGUUAAUAGCUUUUCUCCUUUAUAUCUUCUGCCUGUGGAGCAAAUGAUCUCUCUCGCAUAAAUUUAUAUAAGGGAAAAUAUUAGUAUACACACUAUAUAAUAGAGUGGGUAUAAUAAACACUACCCUUUAGAUAAAUAAUUAUUUUAAUAGCAUGAGAUUAAU